AUGAAGCUUUCAACAUUCUUCUUCUUUGCCCUUGCCACAAGCCAAGCAAGCGCUAGCCUCCUUCGACGCACCCAGCAAUCCUGCCCAGUUGUACCACGAGGUACUGUCUGCCCUGCUUUGGAAGCGCCAGUGGAGUGCGGACAGGGUUACGGAUGUUACUACAGCAAUGACUGUUUGGCCCAAGCCGCUGGAUACAAUAUCCACUACUGUCGUCAGUCUUGCCCUGUCCCUUCCCGAAACAGGUGCCCCACCCACCAUGAUCCAGUGUUGUGUGGCCCCGAGUUUGAAUGCGAGUACGAGAAUGAGUGCGUUGCCAAUGCUGCUGGGUUUGUUGGUUGUCACCCGAUCAAUCCACCCUCCGAGUCUUGCGCUAUCCCCACUCAAAACAGGUGCCCCACCCACCUGGAUCCAGUGUUGUGCGGAAGCAACUACGAUUGUGAGUACGAGAAUGAAUGUGUUGCCAAUGCCGCUGGAUUUGUUGGAUGUAUUCCUGCCUGGUGA